GCGCAUGGCCGGGGUGGGGCUCGCGCUCGCGUGGUCAAAGCCUCCACUCGACCAUCUCCUUCCUCCUCGCUUGGUCGCCAUCGCCACCAUCCGCGCAAGAUCCAGCCCAUCUCCUCCGCAUCCGUCGAGUGGGCGUUCCGGCGGACCCGGUCGGCGUCGUCGCUCGCCGCCGAGUUCGCGGGCGUCCCGCUCAAGCGCUGGUGGGACUGGGGCCUCGGCUGGCUGCGGCUCCGCCGGCGACCUGGAGAUGAUCAAGGAGGAGGCAGUCGCGCUCGGCCGGGGCACCUGGGCCCGCUUCCUCUACAAGGUGCGCUCCGGGGUCCGCCGCCUCGUCGUGUCCGACCACCCGCUGCCCACCACGCAGUGCCUCAGGGGUGCCUCGCUGCCCCCGUUCUGGCGUUCCGGCGGACGGGCGGUGGUGCCGAGCAGGCCGGCGCGGCGGGACGAGCUGCAGGGCGCGCGGGACGAGAAGCAGGGGCGCGGGACGAGCUGCAGGCGCGCGCGAGCGACAUGGCCGAGGAGAGGAGCGCGCGCGGCCGGGCGGAGCAGCGCGGGCGCGGCCGGGACGACGUGGGCGUGACCAGGGCGUUGGAGGAGCGCGCGGCGGCCGGGCGGAGCGGCGCGGGCAGCUGCACCUCCGAGCGUGCGGCGGCCGUGGGAGUUGCCGCCGAGCUCGCGCAGCUGCACCUCCGUGUCGCCUCCAAGCUCGCGCUGCCGCCGCUGCAGUCCACCUUUGGGUUGUCUCCAAGCUCGCGCCGACAGGGAGGGAGGGGGAGCACGCUGGACGGCGGCGAGCGGCGCCGUGGCGAGGGCGGCGAGCAGCAAGAGGCGUCGUGGCAAGGGCGGUGAGCAGCAGGAGGGCGUGCGGCGGCUACGAGUGGUGCGUGGGGGGGCCAAUGAGUGGAUAGAUUUUCACCCCAAGACUAAAUGUUACGCCGGCAGCCUCCCAAGCGGCGAAAAAAUGCCUCCUGGGGGCUCAACGGCUGGAGAUGCUCUUAUGGGCUGAAUUUGGAGGAGCCUGGACUAUGCAAUAGUUGAAUUUUUGGAGCCCGCUAGGCGUCCAUUUGAUGUUCGAACACGCCCAGGCGUAUGAGAAAGGAAUGAGCUUCGAACUAGGGGACGAGCUUAAACAUUUGUUUAAUUCAUUUAUAUGCAUUGUAGCCCGUAGCAACGCACGGGCAUUCUACUAGUACUUGUGGGUUAUCACUCAGGAAGAGGAUUGAGUGAGGUUCUGGAUUAAGAAACUUACCC